AUGAAUAACCCUGAGUUCCGCCAAACCCUCCACAAUAUCUCCCAGAACCUCGAGUCCGCCAACCAAGCGGCUCAGGAGAACAUCUACACUUUCGCUCAACUAUACAUUGAUCCUUGUCUUGCGGGAAUCAAGUCGUGCAUUUAUGAGUGCACCGCGCCAUGUUUCCCCAACCGGGAGGACAACUUGCGCCGAAAGAGAGGGCAAUCCCGGGGCAGAUCCGAAUACAAUUUUGACUUCUAUGAUGCGUGGGAGGAUGAUGAUGAUGCCCUCGCCAACAGUCCCAUGGGGUGGGGAAACGAUGAAUUAGACCGCCUAUUGGCAGGUCGUGGAUCUAUCUCUGGGCAACCGAGGAGACCAAGGGCAAUGAGUUACGGGUCAAGAGGACGCCCGAAGCCCUCUAGAGUCCAAGCCGAUUCUGACCAAGACCCAACCAUCAUCCCGAGCUCGUCAUACCUAGGAUUUCUAGAACGACUUCCAUGGAAGAUUGGCAGCCGCAAGUUGCGUUACAAACCUUCUGCCGCCGACUUGCAAGAGAACCCCGGUGGUGCAAGGGCCAGAGAUGCUGAAACUGAACCUCUGAUAGAAGGGCGUAUAUGGAACAAGGGUCAUGGCCGACAGCGAAGCGAUACCGCCGGCUCCAGGUCGACGACAAAUUCGCUUAGCUCUCGAGGCGAUCUGAUUAUGAGUGACGAAGAGGAAGAUGCUGUUCCGCUCGACGACGAAUUCGCCGUCAUGCUGAGCCGUCGCAUGACGAACCAGGGUUCCACGGAAGAGCAGGGUGGCGGGAAGGCGAGAACGCCCAGCAGCAAGGGCCCGGGCGCGUCUCGAAGAUCGACGCGGACCGUCUCCUCUAAAUCUGCGAAGAGCCCAAGUAACAACAGUCAAAGAUCCUCGUCACAGAAGAGUCUUGCCCCAAUAUCACCAACUCUGGUCACGGAGCACCCGGAGCCACCCACUCUGCACGACCUAAGACAGGAGGAAGAACAAGUGGAGCGGGAGGAGGAGUUGGAAAUCAAACAGAAGCGAGAGGCAGCUCAGCGGUUAGCUGUGGAAAGGGGUCUCAGCUCGCAGGAUGUAAAGAACGUGGCCCACGCAGAAGUUAAGCCUGACACUCCGGACGAACAGGAUGGAGACCCCGAGUCACAGAGAUAUGUCCCUGAAGGAGAUCUUUCUCAACCUGACGACUCCGCCCCUCCAGCGUGA